GGUGACGGGGUGCUCUGUUCAGGCUGCUCUCUGAGCCGCAUCGCUGCGCUUCCGUCGAUUCUGCCUCGCAUCUCACAUCUCACAUCUCGCCAUGUCGCUUGUCGUUCUCUCGGAUGUCCAGGUGCUCGAGCCUGUAGCUCCAUUUCUGUCGCCGUUUCAAUUCAAAAUCAGCAUUGACCUCGUCGAAGAACUGGAACAAGAUGUGGAAUUCAAGCUGGUUUACAUCGUUUCUGCCGACCAGCCCAACCUUGAUCAAGAGCUGGAGUCGAUCGAAGUCGGUCCCAUCCCAGUUGGCACGAGCAGCUUCGUGUUUGAGGCACCGGCUCCCAGUACUGAGCUGAUACCCCCAGAAGACGCUCUCGGCGUGACCGUGAUCUUGCUUUCGUGCUCGUAUCGCGGCCAAGAGUUUGUUUCUGUCGGCUAUUACGUCAACAACGAAUACACCGACGAGCAACUGAAGGAGAGUCCUCCGAGUCGACCCAACUAUGAAAAGCUGCAAAGGACGAUCCUCUUUGACAAGCCAAAGGUGACCAAGAAACAAAUCGCAUGGGCGCCGAAUGCAGCGAACCUCUUUUCUGAGUUUGACGCUGAAAACGAGCGAUGCAAUCAGGAUCUCAACGAGUCCGAGGAGGAGAUGGCGUGGGACCCAUAUCUGAAGGACCGCUCGGGCCAGCCGUCGGCACAAGCGAGCUCCGCAGCUGCUUCAGAUGUCGCCAACGCAGAGCGGGACCAAGACAUGGGCGACGAUGACGACGACGACGACGGCGAUGACGACGACGGCGGCGAUGAUGAUGAGUCCGAUGGCGACGACGGGGACGACGCCAACCCGGACAUGGAGGAGGAUCUGGGCGACGAGGACGACGACGGGGGUGACGAGGAAGACGAGGCUGCUGCGCUUUGACGUGCGCAGCCGUGUUAUCAGCCUGCCGAUCGGCCUGCCCAAAUGAAACGAUACAGAGGAUAUACGCUAA